UCGGCCAUCGGAAGGACGUGCGAGCGCAGAGUGAAACAGAGAACUUUCACGGCCACGGGCCCGACCUGGUCACUCGGUACCAUGUGUAUAGGGUUGAGCAACCGAGGAAAAAAUGGGACCAGUGGCAAGGAGGAGCAGCCACGGCAGUCUGUGCCGUGAGAGCGGAAUCGACUAUAAAAAGGAAACAGGUUAUCGAAUUAAAGCGAUUCCAGCCGUCCAAGCGAUACUGAACAGCCUGAAGGUUUCCGCAUCUUCAGCUUCAGCGAACAAUGUGGCGCAGUUUCUCUACGUUUGCAGUGGAAGUCCAUUGUCCGUUUGUCAAUGCGAGAUACACCAUGCGACGAGCAACGUUAUGAUUAGCUCACGUUGCACUCCCUGCAGCAACGCGGUGGCACGUUUAUACCUGUUGAAGAUUGUGCCGCAGUUAUUGUGAACGGAGAUUUUCGCAACAGGGGGGUUCUUGAAGAAAAGAGAUCCGCAACGAUAUUAUUCAUCGGAAUAAAAAAAAUGU